CCGUAACGCGAGAGGCGUUGACUGUUGUGGCAGAAAUUAUCGUCCCGACAGCUGUUAACACAGUUUAUCUUCUUUAUUCCGAGUCACACCUGAACACGAGCGGGUCACAGCUGCAGGAGAGGCGCGUUUAAAGCGGAAGGAAGCGGCAGGUGUUAGGUCCAGGUGUUCAGGUGUCAGUCAGUAUGAGCUCUAAAGGAGGAGGCACAGCUCUGACCCGCCGCAACUACAGACUGGCUUCAGACACGGACAAAGCCACAGGUAUCGUGAACGAGAAGUUGCUUAGUGACUACCUGCACCAUGUGUUUCCUUUCACCAAACAGGGUCCUGCGCUGGCCUCCCUCAGGAAGCCUCUUGGUUUCCAGGACCUUGGCGCUCACCUGGAGAGAUUGUUGUCAGAGGGAGAACCCGCUGAGGACACUCGAGAUCAGCCUGUUGAAGGCCGUCUGGGCCCUCAGCCCGUCGUCCUGGAUCACACCAGCGGCUUUGAGGGACUUCUGUUUGUAGACGAUGACCUGCUGGGGGUCAUCGGCCACAGCAACUUCAGCUCCAUCAGAGCCACCACGUGUGUUUAUAAAGGUAAAUGGGCCUACGAGGUGCUGAUCUCCUCCCAGGGUCUGAUGCAGAUCGGGUGGUGCACACUCAACUGUCGCUUCAACCAGGAG